CCUGUCAGAGCUUCCUUCUGGGACAGACAGGCACGUCCAGAAGCCAGAUGGACUGAGGACAGCCCCUGGGACCAUGGAGAUGCUGUUGCUGCUGCCCCUGCUGUGGGACGGGUCCCUGCAGGGGGAUCCGGGGUACGAGCUCCGGGUGCAGGGCACGGUGACGGUGCAGGAUGGUCUGUGCGUCCACGUGCCCUGCUCCUUCUCCUACCCCGGGCUUGGCGUGAACAACACUACACAUGUUUACGGCUCCUGGUACCGGUUAAAGGAUAAUCCUAGAGUGGCAGUUCCCAUGGCCACAAAGAGCCCAGUCAGAGGGACGAAGAGGAAAGGUCUCCACCUUUCCGGAGACCCUGGGGCGGGCGACUGCUCCCUGAGCAUCACGGACGCGCAGAGGCAACACAGUGGAAACUAUUACUUUCACCUGUACAGAGGUCUCAUGAGACACCGUUACAGAAGUAACAGGCUCACUGUGCGUGUGACAGCACUGACACAGACCCCGGAUAUCUGGGUCAAGGAGCCCCUGGAGUCUGGCCGCCCCAGCCACCUGACAUGCUCUGUGCCUGGGGCCUGUGAUGGGGCGACGCCCUUCACCAUCUCCUGGAGGGGGGCUGCCCUCAGAGCCCCGGGACUGGACUUGGAGGCCUCUAACUCCUCGGAGAUCCUGCUCACCCCCCACCCACAGGACCAUGGCACCAACCUCACCUGUUGGGUGACCUUCCCCAGGGCUGGCGUGAGCACCCAAAGCACCAUUACGCUCAACGUCUUCUAUGCCCCACAGAACCUGAGCAUCACCAUCUCCCGAAGAAACUGCACAGAACUGAAGUACCCAGGGAAUGGCUCAGCUCUUCCAGUCCUGGAAGGGGAGACUCUGCUCCUUGUCUGUGCUGCUGACAGCAACCCUCCCGCCACCCUGAGCUGGGUCCAGGGGAGCCGGACUCUGGGCCCCUCCUGGCGCUGGGAGCAGGGGCUCCUGGAGCUGCCCCGAGUGGAGCUGGGCGACGAAAGCAAAUUCACCUGCCAAGCUCAGAACCCGCUGGGCUCCCGGCAGGUCUCCCUGCAUCUGUCUGUGGUCUACCCCCCGCGGCUGCUCAGCCCCUCCUGCUCCUGGGAGGGCGAGGGGCUGCGCUGUAACUGCUCCUCCCAAGCCCAGCCGGCGCCCACCCUGCGCUGGCGGCUGGGGGAGGAGCUGCUGGAGGGGAACCACAGCAACGCCUCCUGGACCGUCACCUCCAGCUCUGCUGGGCCCUGGGCCAACAGCUCCCUGAGCCUCAGUGGGCCGCUGGGCUCCAGCCUCAGACUCAGCUGCGAGGCCCAGAAUGCACAUGGGAAACAGAGCGCCGCUGUCCUGCUGCUCCCAGGGAAGCCUGAGCUUGAGGGAGGAUUCGUUCUGGGGGCCGUCGCGGGUGCCGGUGUUGCUGGCCUGCUCAGUCUCUGUCCCUGCCUCAUCUUCUUCAUGGUGAAGAUCUGCAGGAAACAGGCUCCCUGGCCUGCAGCUGGUGGGAUGGAUGCCACCCGCACGCUGGGUUCUCUCUCCUGGGGUUACCAGCCAGAAUAUCCGGGAAGCAUCCCCCUAGCCUGCCCGCCCCCAGCCGUGGCCCCGCCCACCUUGGAGGAGGAGUCCGAGCUCCAUUAUGCCUCCCUCACCUUCCACCGGCUGAGGCCCUGGAAGCCUCAGGACCCGGAGGGCUCUAACACCACCGAGUAUUCAGAGAUCAAGAUCUGCAAGUGACACAUCGGGGGGGGGGGGGGAGGACAAUUCCUGAGAGAAGAGUCUUCCAUGGAAACGGGUUGCCAACUAGUGAGUGGGAAGCCCCCUGCUGUGGUGGUGAUGGGCAGAACGGGCUCAAAUUCAGCCCGAGCUCGAGCAAGUCACUUUACUUCCCAGUCGCCCCCUCUGUAAAGUGGAUGCAAGAAAGCGAACUCAUAGGGUUGCUGUGGGGGCGGUCAAGGUGGCAAUGAGUAUGACGGGUCCAACACAGGGGCAGAGAGCACCUUGGCGGAGCUCUCGCCCCUUCCCAGGGCAGCCCCCCUGGUGUAAGGGUCCGCUCUGAACGGGGACCACUCUGCAGGGCUGUUCUAGCUCCAGAGCCCCCGCCCCCAACCCCGGGGCGCUUCCUCAGGAACACUCUGAGCUUGCCUCCUGGGAACCCAACUUGUUUGUUUUCACCACACAGAAAAUAAUUCGCGGAUUUUCUGAAAUAAACGACAGGUUAUCUAAAUUAUAUACCUCUUCCUUUAUAUGUCCCGGAGGUUUUGGUUCUCACCAGUGUCUUCUUUUUGUAGAAUUGGCUUGUAAAAUUCCUUGCAGUUUCGGUCUAUGUUCCAUUAACAUUGCAAUAUUGUGUUGAUCUUAAAAUAAAAACUGCCAGCU